AUGCGCAUCGCGACCAUACCAAAAACAACCCUUGACUAUGUCGUGGUCGAGGACAUUUCUAUUCCCAAUGCAUUCCACAAGGCGGUCGUAUCCGAUCCACCUUUUGACGCGGUCGUGCAUACUGCGAGCCCGUACCAUUUCAAGUCCCAGGAUAACAAGAAGUACGCGUGGUUAUUACCUCCUCAUCUGCGGCAAUCCUUGAUCAGAGCCGACCGACCAAGGUCUACUCCGUACAGCGAGGCCGAUUGGUGCCCGGUCACCGAGGAGCAAGCACUGGCCAACCCGGCGGACGGCUAUCGCGCCAGCAAAACAUUUGCCGAAAGGGCCGCAUGGAAGUUUGUCGAAGAUAACAAGCCCAACUUCACGCUUGCUGUUUGCAACCCUCCCCUCGUACUGGGUCCUGUGCUCCACCACCAGGAUUCCUUGGCGUCCCUCAACACGUCCAAUGAGCGCAUCCUCAUGAGCGGAGCCUCAAAACCGCCUCCCGCAGACAGGCAACCACCUAAGGACGAGGCCGCUGGUAAGCGAUUCUUCAUGGUCGGCGGUCACUUCUUGAACAAGCAGAUCGCAGAAAUCAUCGGCCAAAAGUUCCCGGAGCUCAAGGAAAGCCUACCGACUAAAGAUGCCCUCAAGACGGGGGAUUAUCCGGCCAUUGGGCCAUACGGGUUCGAUAGCACGCGCAGCAAGUCCGUACUUGGGAUGACCUACAGGCCGCUCGAGGAGAGCAUUUUGGAUGCGGUCAAGAGCCUGCAGGGACUCGGUGCUUGA